CCGCGCGCCCAUCCAGUCCGCAGCCGCCCGCGCUGGCCGCGUGUUGUUGUUGUUGUUUACGGUGCCCGACAUUGCAAGUAGUAGUGGUGUUGUUGUUUUUGUUUUUCCACCGCGAGUGUCGCGCCGCGGCCGCUCCGCGUGUGCCCUUCCGAUUCGGCAGUGUAGUGAUCGUUUUUGUUUUUGUUGUUUGGGCCGGUGUCGCGGAGGCCGGUGCGGCAGUGCGACUGCGACAACAACAACAACAGGCCCUAGGACAGCCUCCGCCUCGCCAUGACGAGUAGCGUGGCCACCAUGAUGCCGCCCAGGACGCGCUGCCUGGUGACAGUGCGCACGUACGCUGAACGAGAGCGCUUCAUGCAGCGGCGCCAGCAGCUGGAGCAGCAGCACGCGGCCCAGGUGUCUGCGGGGCUGGCGCUGUCCGCGGCGCGCGAGCGCGGCCUGCGCGUGGAGCGCGACCGCCAGGACUCGCAGGAGGCGGAGCGCGAGGUGACGCGCCUGGUGCGCAGGAACGGGCCGCGACACCCGCCGCCGCCACUGCCCGCACCGCCCGCCGCCCAGGCUGACGGCGAGGCGUCGGCCAAGGAGACGCCGGCUCCCCCAGCGAUGCCGCCCCCGGCCCCCGCCACCCCCGCCGCCCCCGCGUGCGUCGCACCGCCGCCGCCCGCCUUCACGACCGUGACCUUGACGGGCAGGACCAGCCCCAAGCCCGCCCCCAAGGCCGCCCCCAAGGUCAACCACAAGGUCGUCGCCAAGCCUCCCUUGCCAUCAAACGGCGCUGUCGUCAACGGCGCCGUCAAGAGUGCGGGUGUCAACGGUCUUGGCAACGGCACUGCCUCGGCGAACGGCGGGCAGACCUCGUCCAACGGACUGAUUGCGAUCCAGCAGUCCCGUCUCAAACCAGUGCACCACCAUCUACUGCAGCAGCAGGCACAGCCUCAGCACCAGCUGAGAGUCAACCACAGGACGCCCAGCCCCGCGCCGUACUGCCCGACCCCGGACUACGACUCGGACUCGUCGGGUAGCACGAUGCACACCGCGUCCACGGCGUGGACGGUGCGCGCCGCCGGCGACGAGGCCGCCACCGCCACGGCCACGACCGCCGCCACGGGGGCCGUGGCCUUCGUGCCCGAGGUGGAGAUGCAGAGCCUGGACAGCUUGGAGCUACUCGAACCGCGCGCCCGCCAGCCGCGCCCGCCGCAGACGUACUUUCAGCAGAACAGGGCGCCCGCUGCCCCGAGGCCCGCCGUCUGCGUCACCAUCCGCGAGUACGGCGCCGCGGCCAGCCGCCAGCCGUCCAAGCUGACCUUCCUCAACGGCCAGCAGCAGCAGCAGGACGAGGCCAGCGGGCUGCAGGACGAGCUGGCCGCCACACUGUCACGCUCCAACUUGCGGACCCGCACCGACGUGGUGGACGCCGGCAGCGAUGGCCACGCCAAGGAAGCUUCGAAGGCCUUGGACGAAGUCAGCCGGGGCAAUGUCACAGUCACGUCGGUGAACGGCGGCGCACCCAAGAACGGCGUGCCGAACGGGAUCCUGAAGAAGGCCUCAGUCACUCACAUGGCGGCUGGCCCCGUGGGACACGGCCUCACUCCCGCCAUCCUGGCUGGCGCAGGAGCAGCCCUGAAGCCCAAGUCGUCCGGAGUAGCCACUAAGACCAUUUCGUUUGGUGCCAAAGCCACUAUAAUAAAUGAAAAGCAAAUUUCAACCUGAAAAUGGGAUGUCCAGUGCAACAGUCAAUGAGGAGUUUUUUCCGAAGUGCUCAAAGUGUUUGCCUAGGUCAAGUGUUCAUUGGUGGUUUAAAAAGAUGUGCUGCUCUUGCUGUGUGCAAUAUUUUCUAUUAAAAUUCCUUCGGUAAAAUAAAUGUUGAUAUGAAAGAUGCCAUAUGUUGUAUAGAUUGUUUAAUUAUGUGUAGUCGUACUGUUUCCGUACUUAAAUGUUGUAGAGAUGCUUUAAUAUAAGCAUCAGUGUGACUUUUUUUUCCUUCUUGCAAUCUUUUAUUUCAAUUGCUUUUAUGUAUCUGGAGAUAACAUAGUUGUAUUAUUGCUCCUAAUUGCUCAAGGGUAGGAUGCAGUUUUCCUUUCUAGUGUUCUGUUUUAAUGUGUUUGUUGUCUACAAAUAUUUUGAAAUAAUAGCUUAUUUUUUAAAAAAAUCUUCCUUUUCAUUGUAAUAAGCAGUUUUUAAAAAAUAAACCUUAGUUAUUUAUUGCCAAAGUCUGAAAAUCGUGUGUAGUGAUGUUCAGUUGUACUAUUGAAAGCUGCUUGUUGUGUUCGAGAUUUCAUGAGUUCAAACAUGUAGGAAAAUACCCAUGUGAUUUACAUAUUAGGAUAGAAAGAAAGCUGUAAUGUUUUCUUCACGAUGAUUCCUGUGUAAACUUAGACAAAAUAAAAUUUAAGAUUCUCCAGUCA